CAUAACCUAGUAACAAUGGAAACCACUUAAGGCAAAGUUGCUGUUUGGUCAAUGAUGGAUUGGUUGACUCAACUUAAAAAUGCGAAAAAAUCUUGCAUGGUACAAAAUAACUUGAAGAAAGUGCACUACGAUUUUGGUAGUGGUAAAGAAAUGGUUGAGGAGUAUAACAUGGACACGAAUGUGGUAACUCGGAGGGCCUGGAAAGUUAAGGGUGAAAUGGGUGGCGAAGGCGAAUGGGACAUAGAAUUGGGAGACCCAGAAGUGAAUCUGAAUAAAGAACAAAACUUACUGAUUCGAGAAAACUCUAGUCAGCCUUUUGUGUCCAGACGAAAUACAAGAAUAAACCUUGAGUGGCGUAUUAGGAAUUUACCAUAUCCUAUUGAAACCUAUUCAGUCACUACUGAUAUUGAUAAAAAGUGUCUGGUUGUUAGGACCACAAAUAAGAAAUAUUUCAAAAUUUUAAGAGUUCCUGAGUUAGAUAGACUGUGUAUAGUACCACAACAAGAGGCAAUUCAGAUUGCUCACAAAUAUAACACAUUGAUUAUUACAUACAAAAAACCCAAAGAAUUGUUAGAAUUUGAGAAAAAGGUUCUUGAAGAAGUAAACAAGAUCCAACCAAAAAAUUUUGGCGAUAUGGACUGUAAACCAAGUUAAUUCUUUUAUUUUUAUUGAUAAUUAAAUACAUAUUUA